AUGUCAAAAGGAAACAAGAGCCAACUACUACAAACUAUUGAAUCCCUUAGUUAUACAAAGUUGGAAAAAUACCAUCACUUGAAUGGAAAUACGCCCAUGUACAAGUAUGUGCUAGUAACCAAUUUACUACGCGAUUCUCUCAUUCAGGCGCUCAAAAGACAGUUAUUAACAGCCGAGCCUCAAGAAUUAGAACAGAAAUGGUUCGACAAUUGCUUCGAUGAAUUGCAACAAGAACAAUUGGAGAAAGAAGACAGUGUUGUUAAUGACAAUGAACAAAACGAUGAAGACAAACGUAGUAUUAUUCGUUGCGAAAAAAACGCAGCCGAGGGUAUUACUAUAUUACUCACCUCAAAGCAAGAGCUACUACCAUUGGCAUUUCCUAGAAGAAAAAGUAGAAAAAGGAAGAGCAUAACAGGAAUAGUAUGCACAGUAAACAACAAUGAACACACGAUAGAAAGUAGGGAUAUUGGUCUAUUCAACUGUUGUAGUAACAUUGGCCUCAGCAAUAAUAGCAUGUCAAUGCAAAAACUGUUACGGUUUAUCGGGGCUAUAUAG